UUUCAUGGACAGUAGAGCUAGCUAGCUGGAUAGUAUUCCCACCGGUGCUACAUAGAUAGAGCUAGCCAAAUAGCUAGCUAAUAGCUUAGUCUUGUGGACUGAAUAUUUUUUUUUGCCAAGAAAUGGAAGAGGGAACAGAAGGGCGCAAGUGUCUUGGACUCUUGGACUUACCAUGGGAAGAUGUGCUGGUCACACACAUUUUCUGCUACCUCCCACUGCGCCACCUGGUCAGCCUACAGAGAGUGAGCAAACAAUUCCAUGCACUCAUUCAGGUCUACCUGGCGAACUGUCGCACAUUCGACCUUAAACAGAUUGGGCCCAGCAUACCCAAGGAGGCCUUUUGCAACAUGCUGCGGGACAACAAAGUUCUCCAGAACCUGUCGCUCCAGAACUGCUCUGAUUGGGUGACGGACAAAGAACUGCUGCCGGUUAUUGGCCAAAACCAGCACCUGCUCCGGGUCGACAUGAGGGGCUGUGUGUGCCUGAGCCGGCACUCUCUGGUGGCGGUGUCGCUGAGCUGCGCGCACUUGAAGCACCUGGGCCUGGCGCACUGCGAGUGGGUGGACAGCCUGUCUCUGCGCAGCCUGGCCGACCACUGCGGGGGGCUGCAGUCCAUCGACCUCACCGCCUGCCGGCAGCUGAAGGACGAGGCCAUCUGCUACCUGGCCAAGAAGUGUCCGGGGCUGAAGUCCCUGUCGGUGGCAGUCAACGCCAACAUCACCGACACGUCCGUGGAGGAGGUGGCCAAGAACUGCAGAGGGCUGGAGCAGCUGGACCUGACGGGCUGCCUGCGGGUUCGCAAUGAGUCCAUCAGGACCGUUGCAGAGUACUGUCCCAAGCUGCGGUCCCUGAAGGUGAACCACUGCCACAACGUGACCGAAUCCAGCCUGGGACUCCUGCGUAAGAGGAACGUGGAGAUCGACGUGGAGCCGCCGCUGCAGAGGGCUCUGGUGCUGCUGCAGGACGUUGUCGACUUUGCGCCCUUCAUCAACCUCCAAAUCUAGCCGGAGAUGAUCCACCUCGUCUCUGUGCUGCUGAAUUUACCAACAGUGAACAGGUUUUCUUCUGCACUGCAGGCAGGUCCGUUAAAAAGACAUCCUGUGUGCUGGCACAGCAGUAGAAGAAUACAAUGACAAGGAGACACAGCACAUGUGUCUGCUGCGAAAUACAUGGUGAAACGUGUCAAUUAUUUAUUAUUAUCAUUAAAUACACUUCAUUAGGUUGACUAGAUGAAGUUUAGAGGUAAUCCUGCACUUAAGUAAAACAGAAAGUAAAAUAGGCACUUUCCCACAAUCAUUCCACUGUUUAAAUGUUGCAACGCUGCAACGCAGAGAGAGUAGUUUAAUAACUUGUCGUGCAGCCUAUAGCCUAUAGUUUUAAAUUGGAAUCUAAACAUUUCAAAAAGGGCAAAUCCAACCAAAGUGCAGUCCAUUUGUUUUGUAUGGUAAUAAAAACGCAUGCGAUAGUGAUAGUUCUUUGAAGUGUAUUCCAUAGCACGAUAACAUGUGGGCAAUGCAUUGAGAGCAAUCUUUUAAGUGUUGGUUGAGGCAUCUUAAAAUGUUUUGCUUAACUGAGCAUUUUAGAUGUACCUCUCAUGUUUUAUGUAAACUGUGCCUAAGGGGUGUUGUUUAAUGGCAGUGGAAAAUGAAGUCCGACCCCAGGUACGAUGACUGAGUUUUGAAGUGACGAGAAAGAGGUGCAUUUGAACAACCAUACAGGUGUUUGGAUUUAAUCUAAAAAAAUGAAGUGCAGUGGUUUCAUCCUCUAUCGAAAAGGCUCUUUUGCCCUGUGUUGUCUAUAAAUCAAACCUCAUGUCAUGGUAGAAGUGUCUGAUAUAAAAAAAAAAUUGCAAGAAGACUGAUCCCAGCUCAGUAUUUUCAGUCUCAUUCUUGAGCUCAUUUAUGAACUUGGGAAUUUGCACGGUUAGCAGCUCUUUGCAGCUCUGUUAUCUUCUCAUGUUAUUUUCACUAUUGAUAUUGGUUAGGUUUCAUUUUAAGGUGCUACAUUACAGUUGUUUCGUCUAGAAGAAUGGUGGGAGACAUGUUCAGUUUGGAAAAAAAAACUUGAAUAAUUAAGAAGGAAUUGGUGUCUCUUCAUGGUACAGGAUAUUGACUAAUAAUUUUGUAAGAGAAGCAAAAGAGUGUGGGAUGGAGCUGCGUGAUGGUGAGAAAAAAGUGCAGUGAACUUAUAAA